AUGCGCUUGUGUUGCUCAUCCCUUCCUUUCCCACUAUCCAACAGGUUCAGACGGCCGCAGUAGCCUUGCUUGAAGACCGUGUGCAAAGCUAGACUCCUGUGUACAUUCGAAGGUUUAGCUGUCUCUAGGAUAGACCUCUUGUUUUAAAAGACCACCAUGGCCAACCAAGCAAAACCUAUGGGAGAUCAGAGGGCCCACCAUGCAAAGGUGGCUGCCAAGUAUGACAGUGGUGCGGAACUGGAAGUGAGGAACUGGUUCAAAGCCCUCAUUGGAGAGGAAAUUGGAGCUGGUGCCAUGCAGGUUGAGAAAACACUGAGGAGCGGGGUGUUGCUUGUCAAAUUGCUGCAGAAAGUGGUUCAACUUACACCAGAUGAUAUGCGUCCACCAAGAAUCAAGACCCUCAAGCUGAAGUUCAAUGAGUCUCAGACGCCUUUUAAGCAGAUGGAGAACAUUGAGGUCUUCCUGAAGGGGGCAGAGGCAUUCGGAGUUCCAUCGAACAGUCUCUUCCAGACAAACGACUUGUAUGAAGGUCGCAACAUGGCCAUGGUUAUCUCAACAGUUCUUCAAGUUGGCACCGAGGCUCAGAGAUGUCAAUACAACGGACCUGCUUGUGGACCCAAGCCAUCUGAGAAAAUCGAGUACCACUUCACUGAAGAACAGCUGAAGGCAGGACAGGCCAUCAUCGGUCUUCAGGCUGGCACAAACAAGUGCGCCUCCCAGUCUGGCAUGUCCAUGGGUGCUGGUCGUCACAUUGCUGACAUCAAGGUGGACGACAUGGACAAGAGUAGCCAGGGCAUGAUCGGUCUUCAGGCAGGCACCAACAAGUGCGCCUCUCAGUCUGGUAUGUCCAUGGGUGCUGUUCGUCACAUUGCUGACAUCAGAGCUGAUGACAUGUCAAAGGAAGGCCAGACCAUGAUCGGCCUUCAAGCUGGUAGCAACAAACAUGCUUCACAAGCUGGUAUGUCCAUGGGUUCCGUUCGUCACAUUGCUGACAUCAGAGCUGAUGACAUGUCCCGAGAAGGCCAGACCAUGAUCGGCCUUCAAGCUGGUAGCAACAAAGGUGCUUCACAAUCUGGUAUGGCCAUGGGUGCUGUUCGUCACAUUGCUGACAUCAGAGCUGAUGACAUGUCACGAGAAGGCCAGACCAUGAUCGGCCUUCAAGCUGGUAGCAACAAAGGUGCUUCACAAUCUGGUAUGGCCAUGGGUUCAGUUCGUCAUAUUGCUGACAUUAGAGCUGAUGGCAUGUCAAAGGAAGGACAAACCAUGAUUGGUCUUCAAGCAGGAAGCAACAAAGGAGCUUCCCAGUCAGGAAUGUCCAUGGGCGGACAGAGGCACGUGGCUGAUAUUGCUGUUGAUGACAUGUCCCAGGCUUCCAAGGCUACAAUUAACCUGCAGUACGGUUCAACAAAGGGAGCUAACCAGCAGGGAAUGUCCUAUGGCGGACGCCGUGACAUUACUAAGUAAUCUCCCUUGCUCUGAGGACUUUGAAAGGUUAACUGCAUUACGACAGAGAAUGAAUUCUAUACGGAAUAACUAACAACGCCAUCGAACGAAACUACAGAGUGGUUAGGCUACGUUUUGCUUUUCGACAAAUUAUGUUGAACUUAAUUUUUAGAAAUAUAUAGCAAGCUAUUCCUUUGUAAAUGCGCCGUUAUUAUCCCAAUGCUCAAUAGAUCAAGUGACAAGUUUGUACAUAAAAUUAUAAUGCUGUAAAUGUUAGCGAAAAACUGCAUCAAUGGAAUGAUGGGAUACGAUCUUCCUCAGCGUUUCUUUUCCUCGGUGGUUCUCCUGUAGCACACAGCACUCUAUUCCCGUCCACAACUGUAUUAUACACACUUGUCUCCCUUUAAAACAGGACUGUUGGAUUGUUGCUAUGUGCUCAUCCGGGUCCUUCAAUGAUGACGUCACCGCCAUUGUUGUUCAUCUAUGUCAGUGCAUAUUUAAUUUAUUUGUUUCACGGAAAAUGGCAAAGAUGAGACAUCAUUGCACUCCAAAUGCUGUCAUCUUACUGAAGAUUUUGAAAAUAAAACAACGUCUGAAAAAAAAUCUUUAUAGAUGUUACACGUGGUUCAGAUGAAUUUUGUGAUUGAAUAAAUUAAUUGUUCAUUC